AUGGGGUGGGGUUUAUACAUUGGUCACCUUGUGGACUUUUUGGCGGCUAGUGAAGUUGCUAAGGAUUUAUACCAAGCGACCGGUGAGGACCAAUCUCCGCCCUCGUCUUUUCUGAAUAUUCAUAUCGGCGGUUCAUCCGUUUUGUUUCCCGGAAAGUGGCUCACCAGCCUUCAAUUUAUGGUCAAUGGAGCGGGAAUAAUCUCCGAUAUUUAUCGAAGGGUACUCAGCGACAAAUCCUUCGCUAUUCCAGCCCUGGGUGAAUAUCAGGUGCUAGUCUCCUCCGAGAAACAUAUCCAGGAGCUGAGCCAAAGCUCGGAGGACGUCCUCUCGUUCCACGCCGCAAUGAAGCAGAGAAUAAACCACAAGUAUACGUUACGUGGUUUUGAACAUGACGAUGUGGAUCCGACCAAUGAUGUUCCUAAGCGGGUGUUGAAGGUGCUCCUUCGCAUGAACUUGCCCGAAAUGCAGGUGGACCUUCAACCGUUGAUUAAGGAUACCAUUAUCCAGGAGUUGACAGGGAAAUACUCGGAUGGCUGGAGUCGAGUGAGCGCAUUCACCUUGGCGAAGCACAUCGUUGCGCGUUUGAAUAAUCAUGUCAUUCUUGGAUCAGCGCUUGCCAGUGACUCUGUGGUUGCAGCAGCUGUGAAUCGGUACUUACAAGAUGCUGUGGUGACUAUGGAGCUAUGCCGCCAUCUACCGUCUAUGUUGGUUCCCCUAGUUGCACCGGCCAUGAUGGGCUGGAGCGGAGCCAUGCAUCGUAUUGACCGCUCACUCACUGCAGAGAUCAAGAAAAGAGUCGCUGAGAGCCAUAACGCACCGGCAGAUACGUCAAGACGGCAUGACUGUAUCCAAUGGGUUCUGCAGUCAUCCAAGACUUCGGCGCAAAAAACAGUAGUUAGAAUGACCCAGCAGAUAUUCGGUAUUCUGUUCGCCUCGGCACAUCAAAUGUCGAUGGCUCUAGUAUACGCUAUGUUCGACUUAUGUCUCCACCCCGAAUAUAUCAAACCACUCCGUGAAGAAAUAGAGCAUGUGCGCAACACGACUAGUUUCGCAGGUCAUUUCGAUCAUUUGCCUUUACUGGAUAGCUUCCUGCGCGAGUCCGCCCGGCUCAAUGCCCUGGAUGCACUGACUAUCCAACGUAUGGCUCUAUCACCCUACACUUUCGCCGACGGCACACAGGUCCCAGCCGGGAAUCUCGUUGCUGUUCCGCAGGCCGCAGUCAUGCAGGACCCGCGCCACUAUGCAGACCCAACGGAAUUCAAUCCGUACCGGUUCGUGGUAGUAGAUGAGACGGAUAGGUCAAUGAGGGCUUUCCCAAGAUAUACAGACGUGCGCUGGGAUUAUCCAUAUUGGGGCUCGAGCAAACGGGCUUGCCCCGGUCGUUGGUACGUCUCGAGAACCCUAAAGCAAAUCUUGGCUCACCUGAUUAUGGACUACGACAUCAAGUUAGCGGACCCAAAAGCACCACGAAGCUUCAUAUGGACAACAGCAAUAGUUCCGCGGCGCAGUACGGUGUUGAUGUUAAGGCCGAGAAAGGAUCUCAAGAUUUGA